AAUGAAAGUCAUGUUUAAAGUCUGCACUGCAAUCGUAUAGAGUAGACCACUAGAGAUUGUCCCGUAGGCAACACAGGGCUUUGCGACGCUUCUGCACGAACGAAUGUAUUUGAGCCUUCAAGUACACCGUCCUUACAUUCUGCACAGAAUAGGUACACUGAGUGCGUGAAGGGCUAUUUCGUAAGAUCUGCCGAUAGACGGGUUUGUCCUAGCUUUUGGAAAGGUAGCACUAUAGCACUGAGAACUAAGUGAAGGGCAAUGUUGUCAUUAAUUGCCAGAACAGCUCUAACGAAAAACAGCAGUGUGUGGCUACCAGGUAUCAGAGCCAUGAGAGCCAUGUCUUCCGGAGGUCCCACCGCCCCCUUCACCACCCUCUCAAUCAGCCACCCAGCCACGGCCGUCACACACGUCGAGCUGCACCGCCCCGAGAAACGCAACGCCAUGAACCGUGCCUUCUGGAGCGAGAUGGUGGACUGUUUCUCUCAGAUCGCUGCAGACCCAGAUUGCAGAGUGGUGGUUGUCUCGGGAGCAGGCAAGAUGUUCACUUCCGGCAUCGACCUGAUGGACAUGGCCAGUGAUAUACUUCAACCAGAGGGAGACGACAUGGCCCGAACUUCGUGGAACAUGAGACGCAUCAUCACCAAGUACCAGGAGACAUUCAGCGUCAUUGAGAAGUGUCCGAAGCCAGUGGUGGUGGCAGUGCACAGCGCAUGUAUAGGAGGAGGUGUGGAUCUGAUCACAGCGUGUGACAUCCGUCUGUGCACUCAGGAUGCAUGGUUCCAGGUUAAGGAAGUGGAUAUUGGCCUGGCAGCAGACGUGGGAACUCUGCAGAGACUUCCCAAGGUCAUCGGCAGCCGCAGCCUUGUGAAUGAGCUGGCUCUGACUGCCAGGAAGAUGUAUGCUGACGAGGCCAAGAGCAGCGGGCUGGUCAGCCGUGUGUUUGACGAUAAGGAGGCCAUGAUGGUGGCGGCUCUGGAGUUGGCGGGGGAGAUUGCCGGACGCAGCCCCGUGGCAGUGCAGGGUACCAAGGUCAACCUGAUCUACUCCAGGGACCACAGCGUGGCUGAAGGACUGGACUACAUGGCUACUUGGAACAUGAGCAUGCUGCAGACCCAGGACGUGAUGAAGUCCGCUCAGGCUUCCAUGGAGAAGAAGAGCCCCAAGGAAGUGGCUUUCUCCAAGCUGUGAGACCACCUGGGCCUGGCUCAAUUCAGCCUGGCCCAACUCAGCCUGCUGGGGAGGAGGGGAGAUUUCUACGUUAAUAAAGGGGUCUAAGAGGGACUGGCCUACCCCUUUGUUUACAAGGCAUUGAGUGGAAAGGGGAGAGAUGGAGGGAGGGAUUAACUGUUCUACUAUAGCUCACUGUCUCCUGGAGUUCACUAACUGAGAAUGUGUUGAACAGGGCCCAGAGAUGGGAUAGAUGGGUUUUUUGCCGGGUCCCUGCAUCCUGGUUAUACAGAUUCCCUGAAGCAUUGAGUUAGUGCUAUUAAGUCAAUCCUAAAAAUGUCAACUACUGCCAUGCCUUUUAAAUACAAGUGGAUAGAAUUGGGAUACCAGGAACGCGUUUUGUGCCAAUGCCUUUCAUGUUCAUCAGAGAAACCAAAACGAAAUAUGUCGGUUGAGAGUUGAAGGAGCCAUCGCUUUGUCUCCAACUCUGGCAGGGUCUGGUCUCUAAUCAAGCCUGAUCAUGAUUGUUUGAUCAAAUAAAGUGUUGAAAAGAGUCAAGAAUGAAGAUGUUGCACACUUUUUCAAUAAGUUGAGCCUCAGUUGUAUUUUCUCAAAAUAGCAAUGAGGUUAAGCAGGCUUUCAGAUCAGGCACCCAAAGCCUCUGCAAUGGUCAGAACCAUGACUUGGGGGCGGGGGGUCAGAUGGCUGAGUGGUUAGGGAAUCGGGCUACCAAACAGAAGGUUGCCGGUUCGAUUCCGGCCGUGUCCAUGACGUUGUGCACCUGGGCAAGGCACUUCACCCUACUUGCCUCGGGGGAAUGUCCCUGUACUUACUGUAAGUCGCUCUGGAUAAGAGCGUCUGCUAAAUGACUAAAUAUAAAUGACUGCCCUGAAGUAACAUACCACUCUGAAGAACUCACCUCACUGGACUCCCUCAAACAUCUCCCAUAUCCUGACAAACUGGUGUGCAGUCCUGUCAUGUCAUCUGUCACCACUAGAUAGGACUCUGAGACAGCUGAACAUUGUCUGUCCCCAAAGAUGAGGAGCAAGGACUGGGAAAGGACACUUCCCGUGUCCACCACUAGAGGUUGUAUCAGUAUCAGAAAACCAGCAACUGACUCACAAACAUGAUCCAUACAGGCUUGCAGGACAGAUUUGAGUAACCUUUUUUGAAAUACACAUUUUAAAACGU